AUGGAUCUACCACCACCCCCCGUCAAUAGUAGUAAUGGUGGUACGGAACUCGAACGUCGCGAAUCAACCGACUCCAACUUUUCCCUUCGUCCAAGUUACAAGCAAAAAUUCAAACCACUUGUAGCGAAACAGAUCAUUCAAAAUAUUUUACAUCAAAGAUUAAACGAUGCUUUGUAUGAUAAAGAUCAAGCCCCAGGUUGGGCUCGUGAAAUUUCUCAGGAAAUAAAACAAAAAUUAUUAGGUAAUCGAAAUGGAUUUGAAUCGAUACAAGUAUAUUGUCAACGUAUCCAUCAUGGAGAACAGAUCGGCCGGGACAAGGUAUUGAUUCAUCUAAAAUGUCUGCACAUGCUAAAAGAACCCUUAUUAAAAGAAAAGUUAUGGUGUGUUUCUAGGAUUCAAUGUUCAUGCGCUUGGGAUAGAGACACUGACAGUGUCGCACAUGAAACCUUUAAGAAUGAUACAAUCGUAUGUACCAUCAUGGCAUUUGGCGUUUACUUCUAUUAA